AGCACUUCCUCAUACGCUUUCUUUGCUGUGAUGGAAUCACUGAGUUUCAUUCUUCUAGUCUGUCUCAUGAUACAAUGCCACGGGUUCACUCAUUUCCAUUGCCUACAGAAAGGAGAGGAGGUAACACUGUCCUGUGGAACAUGUCAAUGGGAGGCUGAUGUGGACUCAGACAACAGAGUGGACUGCACCUUAUCAAAGAACUAUUCAAAUAGACCAGAAUGUCCAGCUGGAACACCGGACUUAUGCAAUGAGAUAAAGAGAAACACAUCCAGAAUGUGUGACAUCAGUGUAAAGAGGGGAUUCUUUGCUUGUGUUAAUGACUUUAAAUCUGACUCUUGCUUCAUUUAUCCAUUCAAACCCUCUGCUCAUCAUAUGGAGUCCUACAUUGUUGCUCAGGAAGAACCAGAGAGUAAGUGUGAAGUGGUGUCCGAACCUGUAAUGGAAAGCUCAGUGAAUGUGUCUGCAGGAGGAUCAGUUAAUCUGACGUGCAUCUUUACAACAAAGGGAAAUUAUUCUAAUCAGCCUUUUGUGGUGUACUGGAUUAAGACUGGUGCUGAGAGCAGCACAUGUGUGUACUCAUUUCAUUUCGAUUCAGAUUAUAAAGCUGGUUUUGAUGGACACUGUUCCAUUGACAAAGAUCUUCUGCUGAGGAGAUCAAACACAUCCAAACCUUCUCUCACUGAUACCAACACCCAUAACCUGAUGAUCAGCAGUGCCGCUCACUCAGACAGUGGACAGUAUGUGUGUGCCUUACAAGUGAACAAGAACCAGCAGCACUGGAGAGUAAUCACCAACACUACAGUCACUGUGGGUGAUCCAGUCAAACCUGGCAUCUACGUGGCUGGCGUAGUAGUGCCCAUUAUUCUCAUCGCUGUCGUCAUCAUACUACUUAGAAGGAGAUCAGCUGGGACCAAAGCGCCUCAGACUGUGAUAUUCCAAAGUGAUCAGCAUGGGGAGGCAGAGGACGAUGAUGAGUGUUCCCCUUAUGCGGUGAGCCAGAGAGAGCAGGAACCCAUGUACUCCCUCAUUCAGCUGACUGAGCAGAAAACUGACUGUUCCACCAGUGGGGAUGGAGAACUUGCCUCAAAGGCGUCAGGACACAAGGCCAUCAUGAAGAACAACUCCAUUUAUGAAACCGCGGGUCCAUAGCUUCAAACUGCUGCCAGUGCACUGUGUCAGUGCUCAGUUGGGGCAUGAUGAGGGGGCUACUGGAGGCUUUUGGUUUUGUUGUGGACUAAUUAUUUUUUAGUUGAUGUUAUGUACGAAGCGUAACUUCUAAGUGGGCGUUUUCUCACCUUUCACUUCAUUGCAUCCGUUUGUGCUUGUUUUAGAUCAUGUGGUUAUCAGUCAUUAGUGUCCUCAUCGUUGUUGUUUGGGGUGAGAUGCAUAAAGGUUGCUUAAGUUUUUUUUUUCAGUUCAAAUGAGGAAGGAACUCUUGCUGUCUGAGCUUCCUGUGAAAUUUCCCAUGAUGGUUGAGUUUCUCAAUCUAGUCUUUCAAAUUCAUUGAAUAUUGGCUAGAAAAGGGUGCCGUUUUUGCACUUGAAUUCUAUUCAGGUGCAUCAAUCUAUGUUAUGUUGUUCUGUUUGUGUGAAAUACAGUUUGUUCUAUGUAAAGUUAUAUUUAAAGGCAAAAAUGAACAAA